AUGUCAAAAAAAACAAUAGUUAAUACAACAACUAAUCUUAUACUAAAUAUUCAUGUACGUCCAAAUGCAAAAUUUAAUGCCAUACGUGAAGUAAAUUCUAAUAAUGAUAUACGUAUUGAUAUAGCAGCUGACGCACAAGAUGGUAAAGCAAAUCAUGAACUAAUUAAUUAUAUUAAAAGUAUAUUAAAAAUUCCUUCAACUCAACUAGAAAUUAUACAUGGACAUAAACAACGUGAUAAAGUUUUACGUAUAGUAACAACAACAAAUGAUAAUCAAAACGAUUUAAUUGAACGCCUUCGAAACGAAAUUAUGUCGAAAUAA